AUGGCAGGCCGUGUUGUUCUUCUCCUCCUCUCGCUGCUGCUUCUCGCAGCCAGUGCAACCAAACCAUGCCCAUGCCGCUGCUUCCCUGGGUCCGCGUGCUGGCCAUCCCCGCAGCGCUGGAAUGCCUUCAACCACACGCUUGGAGGCAAGCUUGUGGCUACAGUGCCCGCGGCGAGUGUCUGCCACCCCAACAGCACGUUCCUCCCCUACGACGCCGAUGCCUGUCAUGACUUGCUUGACAGGUGGCAGGUGACCGACACUCACUCCGAGACGAGCUACUCACCCAUGGCCGCGUGGUUUGCCAACUUCUCCUGCGACCCUCACCUGCCCAACACCCCCUGCACCAUUGACUCGCUGGUCCAGUAUGCCGUCAAUGCCAGCAGCGCGGAGGACUAUCUGGUGACCAUCAACUUUGCCCAGGCUCAUAACAUCCGCCUGGUCAUCCGCAACACCGGCCAUGAUUUCCUCGGCAGAUCCACGGGCGCUGGGGCCCUGGCGCUCUGGACUCACCAUCUGAAGGAUAUCGAGAUUUUCAACUACACGUCGCGGAGCUGGUCCGGCCCGGCUAUCAAGGUGGGCGCCGGCGUGCAGGUCAUGGAGGCCUUGGAUGCCGCACAUAAACAGGGCUACGUGGUCGUGGGCGGCAACUGUCAGACGGUGGGCAUCGCGGGCGGUUACGCGCAGGGUGGAGGCCACGGCCAGCUGGUGUCGAUGUACGGCCUGGCUGCCGACCAGGUGCUGGAGUGGGAGAUUAUCACCGCCACUGGCAUGCACUGGACCGCCUCUCCGUCGGACAAUUCCGAGUUGCAUUGGGCCUUGAGCGGUGGUGGCGGUGGCACCUAUGCCGCUGUUCUGUCCAUGACCAGCAAGCUGUACCCUGAUUUCACGACCGUGAGCGCCAACCUCACCUUCACUGAUGCCGGAGUGAGCCAGGACGUCUUCUGGGAAGCCAUCGAGACCUACAUCCGGGACAUGGUUACCCUGACGGACCUGGGCGGCGUGGCUAUCUGGGAGGUCGCCAAUGGCACCUUCCAAGUCUACCCGACGACGCUGCCAGGCGGCACCAAGGAGCAGCUGCAGGGUCUGAUGCAAGAUACUCUGGAUAUCCUAAAUGACAAUCACAUGCCUUAUGCGUACAACAUCAUCCAGUACGACAGCUUCUACGACAGCUUCACGGACAUGAGCCCCUGGACAACCGUGACGGAAUACCAGCUCGGUGGCCGACUCAUCCCUCGCACCGUCGUCGACAACAAUCUCCCUGCGCUGAUCAACGCCCUCCGCUCAAUCACGGGCUACGGCGCCAUCAUCUCCGGCAUCUCCCUGAACGUGUCGCGGGUUGAUGUCCCCAACAACGCGGUCACCCCGUCGUGGCGCGAUGCGCAGAUCGAUAUCGUGCUGGGGACUGCCUUCGACUACUACAAUCGCACCCACGACAUCGUCAACCAGCGACUCAUGACAGACACCCUCCUCCCCCUGCUCGCGACCCUCACCCCCGAGGGCGGCGCGUAUCUGAAUGAGGCGGAUCCGAACCAGCCCGACUGGCAGUGGACGUUCUAUCGUGAUAACUAUGAUCGCCUGAACGCUAUCAAGAAUCGGUAUGAUCCGAAGCAUAUCUUCUAUGGGCUGAAGGCGGUGGGCAGCGAGGUGUGGGAGGAGAUGGGCGAUGGACGGCUGUGUCGGGCUGAUCGCUGA